AUGACCAAACGAAGGCCUUCCAACAAAAAGCCCACUGGGCUUAAUAAAGACUUGGGCACUCUUCUUACGAACGACAGGGAAAAAAAUCGUCGGAAGCAUUUAAGCGCAAAGUAUGGUGGACAAGAGAUCGAGAAUGCUGCGUUCAUUGAAAAGGAAGAAAAACAUUAUAUUGACUCUAUAACUGAUGAAACAAGUUUGGAAGAGUUUUUGGCUAAAGCACAAUUAGCUGGUACUGAGUUCACCGCAGAGCGACAGCAAUAUCGCGUAGUCGAGAACACUACCGCUACUGUUGUACCUAGCCGUUUGGACUUCAAAAACAAUAAAGAACUACAAGACCAGCACGCGCACAAGCUCAGAAUACCUCGCAGACCAUCGAAAGAAUUAUGGAGCACUGCUGAAGAGUUGACAUUACAAGAAAACGAAGUGUUUCUGAAAUGGAGAACCGAUCUCGCACAGUUGCAAGAGGUUGACGGAUUGGCGUUGACUCCCUUUGAAAGAAAUCCUGACAUGUGGAGAGAGUUAUGGCGUGUUGUUGAGAAGUCAGACAUUAUAGUCCAGAUUGUUGACGCCAGGAAUCCAUUGUUGUUCAGAUCUCUUGAUCUGGAAGCUUAUGUUAAAGAAGUUGAUCCAGCCAAACAGAACGUUUUGUUGGUGAAUAAGUCGGAUCUUUUGAAAAAAGAACAGAUAGUAAAGUGGAAUGAAUACUUCGUAGCCAACAAUGUCAACGCUGUGUUCUGGUCCGCUUUGGAUACACUACCUGAUAUAGCAGAGGAGCAUGGAGAUAUGGAUGUGGAUGAUGAAAGCGAAGAGGAGGUAGAAGCUAAUGAUCCCGACAAAGAAGAUCCUGAAGAAGUCUGUAGCCCCAGUACAUCUGAGGAGCCUAUCCUUUUCGUUAAUAAUAAGGAUGAUCUUGUGGCAUUGUUCAAAAAAAUAGGGCAUGUCAGAGAUGAGCCAGGUGCACCACAGCUUAAGGUUGGGAUGGUGGGAUAUCCAAAUGUCGGAAAAAGUUCUACCAUCAAUAAAAUAAUUGGUGAUAAAAAAGUUUCUGUUUCUGCAACACCUGGUAAAACUAGGCAUUUCCAAACAAUUCAUCUGGACAAACAGGUCGUUUUGUGCGAUUGUCCCGGAUUAGUGAUGCCUUCCUUUACUUUUGGCAGACAAGAGAUGUUUCUGAAUGGUAUCCUGCCUGUGGAUCAGAUGAGAGAUCACUUUGCCCCAACAGCUCUUCUAUUGUCCCGUGUCCCUGGGUCAUUUUUUGAGAAAACUUACUCUAUCAUGUUGCCGGAACCUGAGAACCCAUCACCACAUGAUCUCUUGACAAGUCUUGCGUUCAUGCGCGGUUUUAUGUCUUCAUCUGGAAUCCCUGAUUGUUCAAGGGCUGCUCGUAUUAUCAUGAGAGAUGUAGUGAACGGUAAACUACUCUGGGUCGCAGCACCACCACAUUUGGAUCAGAUCGAGUUCAGCGAUAUCAUAUAUGGAGAUUCUGAUGAUCAUACCUCAAACAUAGGUAGAGUACAGUUGGAACAAUUGGAGAAAAGAGGGAUUCUUGACGGAACUCGAGUUAAAGGCCACAGAGUAGACAAUCAGUUUUUUACUGAUAAAUCUGCCAAUGUUCACGUUAAAAGCAGUAAGCUCAGUUCUAAUGUACAUACGCCAGCAGGGACCGUCGUGCCAACAGCUUUCGAUCCAACUGACAAUGGCAAGAAACAUUUCAAUCGGAAUAAAAAAGAAAAAGCCAGAAGAUUAUAUGUACAGACUUAUUAA